AUGUCAUGUUUUGUUUUACCUGAUGGGUUAUGUGAUGAGAUUGAGAGUAUGAUUUCUCGUUUCUAUUGGGGUGGUGAUGUCUCUCGUCGAGGUAUUCAUUGGGUCAAAUGGAAAACUGUGUGCCAACCCAAACAAGUUGGGGGUCUUGGCUUUAGGGAUUUCAAAUCCUUUAAUUUGGCCCUUGUAUCGAAGAAUUGGUGGCGAAUUCAUAAUUAUCCUGAUUCUCUUUUAGGAAGGGUGUUCGAAGCUGUCUAUUUCUCCUCCGGAAGUAUGGAGAGCGCUAAGAGAGGUUACAGGCCGAGUUAUGCAUGGAGUAGCAUAUUGAAAACUUUGUCAAUGAUCCAGAAGGGGAGUUGUUGGAGGAUUGGGGUUGGUUCCAAGGUUCGGAUUUGGGAGGAUAAUUGGCUUACUAAUGGACCUCCCGUCAAUUUCAGGCAAGAUGUGGUGGAUGAGCAUGGGCUUGUUAAGGUCGCUGACCUUAUGCUUCCGAGUAAUUGA